AUGGGAUGUUUUGUUUGCAACUCUUUGUAAUACUACGGAUUUGUCCAAGUUUUCCAGAAGUGCACAAGGCGAAAUUAUCCUAAGAAGACAGCAAAUAAGAAUUCCAGACAUCUGCAAAGGACCCCGGCUCUUCAAAGAGAAAAAAGACAAAUUGGCAUGAAGAUUCGGACAGGAUUGAACGGGCAACCGCUGUCACCUGAACGCUGAAGUUUACUUCAAUAACAGACAAGAAAGAUCAUCGCUAAUUUUCCUCUAAUGGACAUUCUUACAGGAGGAUCAAAGACGAUUUAAAUCUUUUCCUGGGACAUCAAUUCCGCGAUCCAGCGAUUUAUUGUAUUUUUUCUUCUCUUCUGCGUUGCUUCACGGUCAAUAUUUUGUGCACGAUAGCGACCCGUUAAACGACGCACAUGAAAUAAUCAAGUUGUUUUUGCAUGUGCAUUAUCCGAGUUUAUUUCACCCAUCUCAGUGACUGAGCACGAGCGCAUUGAUUGUGUUGCGGCGGACUAUGGACGAGCAAGCCCGGAUCAUGCAGACUCUCGGCGGUGUCAGCCUGGCUGGUCACUCGGUACAAGGCGGCAUGGCUCUGCCGCCUCCACAUGGACACGACGGAACCGAUGGGGAUGGAAGAAAACAAGACAUCGGUGACAUUCUGCAUCAGAUCAUGACCAUCACCGACCAAAGCCUGGACGAGGCGCAAGCAAAGAAACAUGGGCUCAACUGUCACAGAAUGAAGCCAGCCCUCUUCAGUGUGCUCUGCGAGAUCAAAGAGAAAACAGGUCUAAGUAUCCGCGGGGCUCAGGAGGAGGAUCCACCAGAUCCACAGCUGAUGCGUCUGGACAACAUGCUGCUGGCGGAGGGUGUAGCCGGACCAGAGAAGGGUGGAGGAUCAGCGGCGGCGGCGGCUGCAGCAGCAGCGGCUGGCAGUCCCACUGACAACUCCAUCGAGCACUCAGACUACAGGGCCAAACUCUCCCAGAUCAGACAGAUCUACCACACCGAGCUGGAGAAAUACGAGCAGGCAUGUAAUGAGUUCACUACCCACGUAAUGAACCUGUUGAGGGAACAGUCUCGCACACGGCCCAUCUCGCCCAAAGAGAUUGAACGCAUGGUCAGCAUCAUUCAUCGCAAAUUCAGCUCCAUCCAAAUGCAGCUUAAACAGAGCACCUGUGAAGCUGUCAUGAUCUUGAGGUCCCGCUUCCUUGACGCCAGACGGAAACGGCGGAACUUCAGCAAGCAGGCGACCGAGAUCCUGAAUGAGUAUUUUUACUCGCAUCUUAGUAACCCUUAUCCCAGCGAAGAGGCCAAAGAGGAGCUGGCUAAGAAGUGCAGCAUAACAGUAUCCCAGGGGGUGGGAACCACCAUCACAGUGGCACAGGUAUCCAACUGGUUCGGCAACAAGAGGAUCCGCUACAAAAAAAACAUCGGCAAGUUCCAAGAGGAGGCCAACCUGUAUGCCGCUAAGACAGCCGUGACUGCAGCACAUGCAGCAGCUGCCGCCGUCCAGAAUAGUCAGACCAACUCACCCACCACACCCAACUCCGGAUUCCAGAUGAAAGAUGAAGAAUUUCAGCUGGAUUCUGCAGAGAACAAAAACACUCUAUUAACCAACAUGUUCACUGGUGGAUACCCUGCGCCAUGUUAUCAGUCAGACGGCAGGAUACAAUGAUGUCCUGGGGGGGAAUCCCAUGUAUAGUCCACAUGGCUUGAAUGGUAAUGGAGGAUGGCAGGACGCUACGACUCCAUCCUCUGUGAUCUCCCCUACAGAAGGCCCUGGUAGUGUGCACUCUGAUACCUCGAACUGACACGCCCCUUCCCAAACUGUGGAGAACCAAUCACACGAUUACGAACCCACAGACUGACCAAUCAGAGACACAGAAUAAACUGUCAUCCUCAUGGAAUCAUCCACUUUUCCACAGUGUUUCGGAAGCUGGACAAUUCUUAGCCGUAAACAUCAGUCCACUGCGGUUUUUACUAACACAAGCUCUCCUCCAACAUAUUCAGCUGUUUUUUUAUAUAUAUAUAUAUAUUAUUUGAAGUGUACAAGCUCAAAGUGUAUGCUACAGUAUGUUUUUUUUUUUUUUUUUGGAGUUUGUUGGUCAUAAUUGUUUUAACCGACUGUCGGCAAAGCUUUAGUGCAGUAAUACAAUUGAAAAUAUGAAUAUAUUCAUAAGAUGCAUUUAACAGGGCUAAAUGCUACGGAAGGCAGCUUGGGGAAUCCAUUGCUUUUUUUGUUGAGCUUUUAUUAAUGUCAUACUAAAAUAAGACCACCUAUGAAUGGCAAUCCACUCCAAUUUUGGGGGGUGAUUUUUAAAUACCUGGCAAUUAAUGUCUUUUUUUAACAAAAACGAAAUGUAAUUAAUAUUCAGUCCACUACAAUUAAUGAAGGAAGUUGUAAAGGAAAAAUGGGACAUUUUGUUGGAUGCUUUUCUGGCAGUUUUCCAUUCAAAAAAGGUUCUUGUAUAUGACAUAGCUUGAGAGUAUUUCUACACCACACAAGUAAAUACUCCGCUUUAUUACCUCAUUGAAACUCAUAGAAAACCAAUAGAUUUAAAACAUUUCUUUAGCUUCUAGUGCUCUCACUGACUACCUCUCAACAAAAUCACCACCACAUUUAUUUUUUCGUCUUUUUCUUUCAUUCCUUCUUUUUAAAAAUAUUUUUUUUUACAUUUGUUAGUUUGGUUGAAAUCCAUCUUGUAAGAAAUUUGCUCUCUCUGUCUCUCUCUCUCGCUCUUUAUGUAAUCUAAUGUAUAUUUUAACCUUCUAAGAAAACUAAGUUGCUUUGUUGCAACUUUUAAAAGAAAAAAAAAAGAAAAAAAGAAUCAUAAUAUUAAUAAUACGAAUAGCACGGAGAGUAUGGAGAGUACAGUGGCUGGUGGAGGGGCAAUUCUGUGCUGGAUUUGAAGGGAAGGGGGGAAAUAUGAUCAUAAAAUUAACACCAAACAGUUAAACUGUUGUAAAUACUGAAAAAACAAACAUUUUGAAUGUUGCUCAUCUUGUUACUAAUUCAUGCAAAAAAAGAAAUAAAAAAAUAAUAAAUAAAAACCCAUGAUUUAAAAAAAAAAAAAGAAAGAAAACCUGUAAUGCAUAGAGGUUUCAGUAUUCAGAAUUGUACAUUUCAAAUCCUGUGUGACAGGGUUACCGACUUACUUUCUCUUUUUUGUAUCGUAUGUGAUUCUGAAACUGAUAAAAAAAAAAGUCAUACAAAAUUUAUUUGUGGCAGUGGUUCUAAUGUAUUAAAGAUGUUUCGUGUUUCUUUCUAACCAGACUACACCCUGGACUGAAAAGUCUUCCUUGUGGUAGUUAUGUGUAAUUUCAGACAUGAAUAAACUGUUUUCCUUUCAUGACA